AUGUCCAAUGUGCAGGAGACAUCUUCGAGUGAAUUCAGUGAUCCUUCAACCAUCAAGAGAACAACAAACCAAGAGCCCCCACCACGAUUCUGGCUGAUGUGCACUUUGAAAACCUGCAUCACAAUGGACAGCCGACACCUGAGCGAAGGCAAUCCGAGGUUGACAGGGCCACCUCCCAAGCUGCAUGGCACUAGGAGCCAUGACCACCCAGGGAACUGCCAGAAGAGGAAAUACAAAGAAGAGGGAGGAGAUGAUGCGCAGUCUGAGGAGCCAGCGGAGCUGCGGAAGAAGCAGAAACCGGAACAGGGUGGAACAGAGCUUGGAUGUGAAGAGCCGGCCAAGGGUCAGAUGUGGAAAGCCCACGACGAGGGUCAGGUGCAGCUAAAGUCCCCAGAGUGCAACGAAGGCCCAGAGGAUGAGGCUGUGAUUGAGGUGAAGUCUGCAGACGGAAGCAAGGGUUGCAAGUGCCCCAACUGCAGCCGAGGGGAAGGUGUUCAGAAACGCCACAACAAGAAGUGCCCAAGGUUGUUGGGAAACCUUCAACAUGAUGACCCUGUGAGCUCUGGCCCUCACAGCGCUCACACAAGCCCCGCGGACACCUCGGAGAAAAUCGAAGACUGUGUGGACGGGCAGAUUCAUGAAUCUGAAACACCUCAAAUCUGCACAGACAGUGUCAGCAACGGCAUUCUCAGCAACAAAAAGUCAAUACCUGAGGCCAAGGAAAAGGCUCUUGCAGCCCAAGCGAAGGGCAGAGGGCUGGUCCAUGGCCCCGAUGUCACAGCAGACAUGGAAAAGGAGAUCAGUAGUGCGCUAGGCCCGGGGUCACCAGAUGAGAUCUUGAGUUGUGCCUUUAAACUACAAAUUACUCGAGGAGACAUGAGAACCCUAAAGGGCACCCGGUGGCUCAAUGACAAAAUUAUCAAUUUUUACAUGAAUCUUCUUGUGGAAAGAAAUAAAAAGCAAGGAUACCCAUCAGUUCACGCAUUUAAUACCUUCUUUUACACCAAGUUAAAGUGUGGAGGGUACAGAUCAGUCAGAAGAUGGACCCAGGCAGUCAACCUCUUUGCAAAGGAACUUAUCCUGGUCCCAAUUCACCUGAAUGUGCACUGGAGCCUGGUGGUAAUAGACCUAAGAAAGAAGAGUAUUGUCUACCUGGAUUCGAUGGGACAGAGGCGACCUGACAUCCUUGAGCUGAUUUUCCGCUACCUGCAGCAUGAGAGCCAAUCGAGAAGGAAUGUGGAUCUGAACCCUUUGGAGUGGAAGCGAUACAGCAUGACCGAAGAGGAGAUUCCUCAGCAGGCGAAUGGGGGCGACUGUGGAAUGUUCACCUGUAAAUAUGCAGAUUACGUUUCUAGAGGCCAGCCCAUCACGUUCUCUCAGCAGCAUGUGCCUCUGUUUAGGAAGAUGAUGGUGUGGGAAAUCUUGCACCAGCAUGUGCUGUAG